AUGGCCAAGGUGCGUACAUUGCAAGAUACCAAGAGCAUGGAGUCCAAAAAAAUACAAGGGCAGGGGUAUAGGCUUGGUAGUACCCGCGAACAAGAACUCGAGGAGGCAUUACGUGAUAGUAUCAAGUCCAAUUCCGAAAUUACUAGAGAAUAUAAAAAUAUGCAAGUGGUAUAUUCAAAUCAUAGCAUAAAUACCAAUAAGGAAAAUGAUCAAUUACGUUGCAAUAAUGAGAAACUCUCCAA